UACCUGGCCGUCCGCCGAGCCAUGUCGUUGAGCCCCAAGCACACGACGCCCUUCUCCGUGUCCGACAUCCUGAGCCCCAUCGAGGAGACCUACAAGAAGUUCGGCGGCGCCAUGGACGGUGCGCCGCCCGGCCUGGGGGCGCCUCUGGGGGCCGCGGCCGCCGCCUACCGCGCGCCGCCGACCGGGCCCUCCUCGCAAGCGGCGGCCGUGGCGGGCAUGCAGCCCCCGCACGCCAUGGCGGGCCACAACGCGGCGGCGGCGGCGGCGGCGGCAGCGGCGGCGGCGGCGGCGGCCGCUACCUACCACAUGCCGCCCGGCGUCCCGCAGUUCCCGCACGGCGCCAUGGGCGGCUACUGCAACGGCGGCCUGGGCAACGUGGGCGAGCUGCCCGCCUACACGGACGGCAUGCGGGGCGGCGCGGCCGCCGCAGCCACCGGCUGGUACGGCGCCAACCCGGACCCGCGCUACUCGUCAAUCUCCAGGUUCAUGGGGCCGUCAGCGGGAGUGAACGUGGCCGGCAUGGGGUCGCUGCCGGGCAUCGCGGACGCCUCCAAGUCUCUGGCGCCCCUGCAUGCGGCGGCGGCGGCGGCGCCGCGGAGGAAGCGCCGCGUGCUAUUCUCGCAGGCGCAGGUCUACGAGCUGGAGCGGCGCUUCAAGCAGCAGAAGUACUUGUCGGCGCCCGAGCGCGAGCACCUGGCCAGCAUGAUCCACCUGACGCCCACGCAGGUCAAGAUCUGGUUCCAGAACCACCGCUACAAGAUGAAGCGGCAGGCCAAGGAUAAGGCGGCGCAGCAACUGCAGCAGGAGGUCGGCCUGGGCCCGCCACCGCCGUCCCCGCGCCGCGUGGCCGUGCCCGUGCUGGUCAAGGACGGCAAGCCCUGCCAGAACGGCGCGGCCACGCCGACGCCCGGCCAGGCCGGCCCGCAACCGCCCGCGCCGACGCCCGCGCCCGAGCUGGAGGAGCUGUCGCCCAGCCCGCCCGCGCUGCACGGCCCGGGGGGAGGCCUGGCGGCCCUGGACGCGGCGGCGGGGGACUACGGCGGCGGCGCGCUGGGCGCCAACCUGCUCUAUGGCAGGACGUGGUGA